UGCGAAAAGGGAAAUAAUGAAUCGACACGGAUCACCACCCAAGGGCUGGCUCGGUCUGCGCUUACGACUAGGUGAGAAACCCAUUCAGGAGGAGAAAAGUGGCAUCUUAUGCCAGCACCCUAACUGCCCUCAGCGCUGCACAGCUUCCAAGGUCUGUCACCACCCUUUGCGCCAGGACUUAAGGAACGACAGCACACUGCAUCUCUGUGAGUCAUGUGACUCCAGCUGCCACUUGGAAUCUGGUGACAAGAUGCUUUUUGACAGACAUCCACGCAUUGACUUGCAAGCACAAGGUCCCAGCCUGGCUCGAAAUAUGUCCACGCGUUCCUGUCCCCCACGUGCUAGUCUCUCUUCAGACUUGGAGGAGGGUGACGAGGGAGCUUAUGACCUGGGAGAGCUAAAGAGCGGCCCAAUAAAAUUUGUAAAGAGGAAAUCAAGAAGGCGAUACACAGAUGAUCCCAGUAAGGAAUGCUUUACUUUAAAGUUUGACUUAAAUAUGGACGUGGGCACAGAAAAAGUGCGAGCUGCAAAAAAGAAAACCUUAAGGGAGGUUCUGAGCACUGUGUUUGAGAGAAAGGGGAUUGAAUUAUCUAAUGUAGAUCUGUUCUUGGAUCAGUCCAAUACUCCCCUUUCUCUGGGUUUUGAGGCGUAUCGCUUUGGGGGACACGAUAUUCGUGUGCGAGCACGGCCUGGAGAGGAGUUAAGAGUGGAGAGAGCGGUAAAGGAUCCUCGAUCACUCAGUUUGCCCAUCAUUAGGCCUUCGAGUGCCCGUAGUACUUUCUUUGACCGCGUGGAACAUGGAUCCCUGGGACGAAGGGAGGCGGAAGAGUUGCGUGGUCAAGUGCGUCGCCGAAAGAACAUGACAGACUUCCUGGGUGACACCAAUAAUUCUGCUUUUGACUCCCAGUUAAGUGGUUCCCUCCCAAAUUCCAGUACGGGAACGGAUCGCUGGAAAAACCGGGCCGCAAGCCGCUUUAGUGUUCUCUUCAGCUCCAGCUCCAGUUCCAGCAACGGUUCUGUAGGCAAGGAGUGUGAUCGUUUGGAGCAGUUGCAGAGUAAGCUACACUCCUACACUGUGUUUGGAUUACCCAAAAUGCCCCCACAGCUCUCCUUUCAUAGAGACUCCUGGGAGGAGGAGCCAAACCUGGAUCUGGAGGAGAGCUGGAAAGAACUGCUGGAUGAUCCUGAGAUGUUGACUAAGCGCCAGUGCCAUCAGCAGGAAGCGAUUUGGGAGCUGCUGCAGACCGAGUCGGACUACAUUAAGAAACUGCAUGUCAUCACUGAUUUGUUCCUAGGUGGUCUGUUAAACCUACAGGAAAGCGGACUGCUCUGUGAGGUUGAGCCUGCUCGUCUGUUUGGAAACAUCCAGGAAAUCGUGCUCCUGCACACUUUACUAUGGGCUGAGGUUCUGCUACCCAUGCUGGAGCGUGCCAGGCAGAACCGUGCCAUGCUGGACCCCGUGGAUUUAUACCAGGGCUUUAGCAAUUUUGAUUACAGGUUUAAGCCCUAUAUUUGUUACUGCAUGGAGGAGGAGGGUUGUAUGGAAUACAUGCGCACUUUACUCAAGGACAAUGAGCUCUUCAAGAUCUAUGUGACAUGGGCAGAGACAAACAAGCAAUGCAGCCGGCUUAAGCUCACCGACAUGCUGGUGAAGCCUCACCAGAGACUCACCAAGUACCCACUGUUGCUGAAGAGCAUUCUUAAAAAGACUGACGAGCCAGCAGCUCGAGAGGCCGUCACCAUAAUGGUGGCUACUGUGGAAGGUUUCAUCAACAGUGUGGACUCUCAAAUGAGGCAGCGAGAGGAGAAACAGAAACUGGCAGCCAUCGCUAGCCGCAUCGAGGCCUUCGAACCCGUGGAAGGUGCUACCGAGGAGGUAGAAAAAAUCCUUAGGGAUUACAAUCAGUUUGACCUGAUGGCUCCGGUUUUAGGAGCCGUACCAGAGGAAACACGCCAGCUUUACCUGGAGGGGGCGCUGAAGAUGAAAGAGGGCAAGGACAGUAGGAUGGAUGUGUACUGUUUCCUGUUCACGGAUGUAAUGUUGAUAACCAAGCCAGUAAAGCGGGUGGAAAAGGUGAAGGUGAUCCGGCAGCCGCUAAUCAUUCGCAACGUGGUCUGCAGGGACCUGAAAGACCCUGGAGCCUUCCUCAUCAUCUACCUCAACGAGUUCCGCAGUGCUGUGGCCUCCUACUGCUUCCAGGCUAACAGCGCCACUCAGGGUUGCACUUGGGUAGAAGCCAUUAAUAAUGCUCAGAUUCAGCUUGAGAGACUUUGCUCUGAAUCCCUGAGGGAUGAGGAAGAGGAGUAUGAAACAGAGAGCAGCAUUUCCACGUCCAGUUCCCCAUGUCUUGUACGCAAAGGACCACUACACAAAAGCUGUUCGAACGGCUCCACCGAGACCCUCUCAUUGGAUGAUCCAGACGAGGCCACCUUUUCAUUAUCCUUGGAGUCUGUGCAGACACCGCUGCAAAGGCCACGCCACUUAAACAUGUCAAGCCCAGUAGACACGCUCUCCACCAAUGACAGCCAAGCUCUGACGCGGCUGGGUGAACCGGUAGCCAUGGAGCAGGAUUUAGGCAAUCGCCUGUUAUCUAUAGACAGUGCUUAUGGAACGCUCUCUCCUGAGUCCCUGAUCACCGAAGUGAACCUGAAGGUAGAGGUGAAACGACACAAAGAAGAGGAGCAAGAAACAGAAGAAGAAGAAAUGGUCUUUGUGGAAGAUGAUGAUGACGACGAUGCAGAUGACGAAGACUCAACAGCUUGGAAUGGUUCUCAGGUAACUGUUAACGAGUCCAACAUUUUGGAAAACAAUUACGACCACCAGAAGAAGCUGAUGGAGUCAAAGGAUGUAACUUGCAUAAGGAACGCUCAUCAAGACUGUCACUCACUGACGUUACAACGUCGUUCUCCCGUCCACCCUCGUCCGGACUACUUGCAGCACUUUGCGAACAGAUCUCGUUCUGAGGAUGACCUUCUCCAGCGACUCACCUCCCCAACGACAAUCUCUGAUGAAACUAAAACACGCACUGUUAGUAAGAGUCUCUCUCAGCUCUCCAGGCAUUUGCUCGACAGCAUCGAGCAGUUAGAGACAGAACAGGGGCAGGUCCAAGAGGAUCCCACAGUUCUGUCCGGCAAAGUCUCAGAUGCUCUCGCACGAGCAGAGACCCGGCUUUUGCACAGGCCCCUAAGCUACCCCAGCGGUCAAGAUGACGUAGGAACAAAGUGUGACAUAGUGGCAUCCCAGCAGCCUCACCUGCAUCGAAUACUGACCAAAGCUGAGCUGCAAAGGAUGAGAACCACCAUGGUGCUCAACUCCACACUCACUGCCUCGUAA